AAAUAGAUUCAGAGGAGUCAGAGUCUUGGUGGCCUCCCUCUCUCUCUCAGGUCUUGAGGACGUCCUGCUCUUGUCAGAUUUAUUCAUGUUCCAUCUUCCUUUAACUGGACUCCAGGAGAUCUUAAGGAACUUUAAAUGUUCUUGUAUCGUCCUGACUGAUGCUCUUCAACAACCUUUCCUCAGAGUUUCUUGGUUCUUUUGUGCUGAAAACCAAUAAAAGAAGAAAACCAGUGAUCUGUAUGAUAUUAUCUGUAAUGUUUCAGCUUUCAUGGAAAAUACCUGAAGGAGGAGGAGGAGGAGAAAAACAAAGUCUGGAGGUAAAGACAGACAAGUGAUGGAAGAGGAGAUAAAACGGAGACAGACGGACGCUGAGGAGACAUUCAGGACCAGACUGAGGACAGACGGCUUCAGAUCCACACAGAGAUAGAAGAGAGACGACUUUUAACCUCUCUAAAGAUUACAACACAUGUCCAAGAUGAUUCAAAAAGACUAAAGAACGUCCAAAACAUCCUUUAUUACAUGAAGACAUCUAAAUACAAAUGAAGGUUUAUGGGAGGUUGAAGCAGCAAACUGUUUCUUAGAGGAGAAACUAGAAGAAGAAGAAGAAAAAAACUCAGCAGACGUCCAGACUGAAGAGUCUGCAGGAGGAUCAGCGUCACUCAGCAGCAGAGAAGAAAAGGAGCUGAAGAAGAGGAGGAGCUGAAGGAGAGGAGGAGCUGAAGGAGAGGAGGAGCUGAAGGUCUCUGGGUGGAUUCAUAUCUGCUGCAGUUCGUUCUGUGUGACUCUGUGGAAACUGAACCGAGGAGGAGAUGCAGCCAUAAACUGCAAAAGAAGAAGACGAAGAAGAAGAGAAGAAUAAAAGUUGAAGAAGAGCUGCUUCAGGAGCCAGGAGACUGACCGACGUGCAUCAUGGGAGCUUCUUAGGUCCUGUCAGACCUCCGUCCUCUGGUUCCUCCACAGAUGCCCAGCAUGCUGCUCAGGUCUCCCCGAGGAAGGAGCUCUCCGGCUGGGGCAGGACGGCUGCUGCUGGGGCUCCUGGUGAUGAUGAUGAUGAUGGUGGUGGAGGUGGUGGAGGCCGGUGUGGACGAGGACAGCGAGGAGAGUCAGGAGAUCCUGGAGGAGGACGAAGCUGUCAGCGCCGAGAUCCUGGAGCCGCCGUCCUCAGACGUGUCCAGACUGUCUCCUCUCAGCUCCUGGCUGAUCUUCAGAAGAAACUCCAACAAAGGAGACAACCGGAGAACCAAAGGCUCCAAGAGAACCUCCAAGCAUGGCCUUCCAGGACCUCCAGGACCUCCAGGGCCUCAGGGGCCUCCAGGACCGCCGGCACCUCUCCUGCCCCAGCAGCAGCAGCUCAUCCAGGAGCUGCAGCUGAAGCUGAGAGACCUGUCGGUGUGUUUCCAGUGUGAUCCUCCACCUCGUGUCUCCACAUCGUUCCUCCGUCGCCUCCUUCAGUCGGUCUCCGUCCCUCGACGAAGUCUGUUGGAGCUGCAGCCAUUUAGCCAGCCCUCAGACUCAGAGCUGACCCUCCAGAGAGGUCUCAGCUUCAACGCCAGCAGCGGCCGCUACAGUGCUCCGGUGUCGGGUUUCUACCAGCUGACCUCCAGCCUCCUUAUAGAGUCUGCAGACCGGGUCCAGGUGCGUCUCAGAGACAGUGUGAGGGCAGCCAUCUGCAUUGAGUCUCUCUGCCAGAGCAACCUCUCUGUAGAGUCGGUGAUGGCUGUGGCAGCUGCUGGAGGAACGUUCAGCAUCUUACUGACAGGAACUCUUUAUCUCCAGGCGGGGGAGUACGUGUCGGUGUUCGUGGACAACGCCACCGGGUCGUCCAUCAGCGUCCUGCAGGACUCGCUGUUCUCUGGGAUCCUGCUGGGAGUCUGACCUGGAUCCUCAACAAGAACCAGAACCAACAUGUGGUCCAGUUCCACCAGCAGGAGGAGCCUGUCUGGAUCCAUCCAGGUGUUCAGACACACCUGCAGCAAACAACCAAUCAUCUCACUGUUCUUUCAGUUCUGGAUCAGCUGAGAUCUUCAGCCAAUCAGCUGUUUAAAACAUGGAUCAGUCCCUCAGAGGUCUGGUUGAUCCAAACAUCUUCAGUUUCCUGUCAGAACAUAUUCUCACCGAAGAAGCUGGAAAUUCUUUGUUCUUCAAAAAUGUCCAGAAUAACUAGAACUUUUAAGAAGGUUUGUCCAGGAUGACAAGAAAUGGAGGUUUUGUAUAAAUGCUGAUGAACAGCUAAUUUCUGGUUCCUGAACUUUAGCGGAGACAUUUUCAUGUCUGAGGAUCCACUUUGUUCCGUUCCAUAUUAAAGACAUUCUGCAGCAGCUCCUGACACAUUUACUGACAUCUGUUCUCUGUCUUCAUAUUUAUUCUGUAAUAAACAAGUUGUGAAUAUUUACGAUGGUAAAACUUUAUACUGACGGCGUUCCAGUUCUAGUCUCCACUGAAAACAUGUUCCCGCUGAUUAAAGCUUUGUUUGUUUAGAGCCAAGUUCUGCUGGAACAGAUGUUCUAAAGAUUUUUCUGCUGGUGUUCUACAGAUGUUCUGCUGGUGUUCUACAGAUGUUCUGCUGGUGUUCUACAGAUGUUCUGCUGGGUCAGUUAGUUGAUCUGUUCUCAUUGAUCUCCAGUGUCGCUUCCAAACAGAGCAGAGAUCUGCAGCCUUCAUUGCUUGUAGAGGAACAUCCAUGAACCACUUCAAGCUGAUGUGACUGAGUUCUUAUUAAAUGUUUACAUGUUUUCUGAACAUUUAUGGAACAUUCAUUGAACGUUUUCUGAAGGUUUACUAAACGUUUACUGAACAUUCA